UUGUGAAGUUUAAUGGCCAUAUUAAAAUUCAGGCAAAUGGUUUACUAUUUUAUUGAAAAAAUGUUGCUGUGAGAUUUCAAGUAAAAAGAAAUCGAAGAAGAAUGGCCGAGAAUGAAUCCUUUUUACGAACUCAAGUCCGUUUGGACUCGAAAUGGCUUAAGAUGGAUUUACAAUUAGCCUUACAAACAUCUGAUGGCUUAUCACAAAUCUGGAAUACCUUAAUACAAGAUGGUGAAUUAACUGGACCAUAUUCGAAUGGUGUGGUGAAUAGUUCUGGGGCAACUGCAAAAAAAGGCGAAUCGGGGAAAUAUUAUUGCGGUUUAAAGGUAUUAACGUGUCCAUGCUGUGAUGGAAUUUGUGGACCAUAUGCAGGAUGUAAUUGUGGACCAUGUCAACGUCUCGAAGCCGAAGAAGCCUUACGUAAACAACAGCAAUCAGAACCGCAUACACCAGCUGCAUCAAUAUUGCAAUCAUGGACGUGGGGCCCUCAACCAUCUCUGGAACAGUUGUCUGAAUGUUUAAAAAGUUUAAAUAACGAGCAACGAUUACGUUGUUUCGAUGCAUCAAAUAAUUGUUUAUCAGCGAAACGAUUACAACAACGCUUAAUUAUAUUCAAACGUUAUUUUAUAGCGUUAAAUCGAUCGAAAAGUAACACACCAAUCGAAACGAAAAUAUUAAAGAAACAAAAUAAAAUUGAGUUGCAAACGAAUAAAUAUGAUAAGAAAGUAAAACAAUUGAAGUCGUUAGAUCAAGCUGCGUUAGGGCUAGCACGUGUUGGUUCAAGAGCUGCACUCAAUUUUUCAUUUGCAUUUUUAAAACGAGCAUGGCGUUUGGGUGAGGAUGCCGAUAUAUGUAGUGAACUGUUAACUGAAUCUUUAGAUGCUCUUCAAUUGUUACCCGAAGCUACUCUGUUCAACGAAUCGAAUGUUUCACAAGUUUGGUUAGAAGUUGUGGAUCGAUCUACGAAAUUUUUACGACAAGUUGUUACUGGUGAAGUAAAUACGGGACGGACAUAUUGCGAAGUACCCUUAGCGGAUCGACAUACAGCUUUAUGCCUUUUAUUGGAGUUAAUUAUUCAACGUGGGACAUUAAGUGGUAUCUUGGAUGGCGUUUUACUUUUGUUAUCGUUGUGGGAUAAAGCUAUGUAUCAAACUGAUAAUAGAUCAAUUCCACAAGGUACAAAUGCACCAUUGGUUCCUAUUUUACGUCGUUUUGAAAAUAUUUCGAUGAGUGAUAAUAAUAAAAUAAACAACGAUCUAGUAUAUAAUAAAAAUGAUGAACAAUUUAUAACAUCAAUACCAAGUCCUAUCGAUUGUUUUUUACGAUUUAUUACAUUACCCGCUGAUGAGACUGAACCAAUAGAUUUACGUCAAGCAGCCGUCUUAUUUAUGGCACAUUUGGAUCGUUUAGCCACCCCACAUAUUCCACCAGCUGCAGUUAUUAAAAAUAAUAAUGUUACACAUCAACAAGUACUUGCACUAGGUUCAUUGUCGUGGGCAUCGUCCGAGAAUUCACCUCAUUUAUGUGAUACGAUUUCUGAAUUAGGUGUGAAACAAUUAGUGUGCUCCGAACGAUCUUUAUUGUUUUUGACCGAAACUGGGAAAGUGUAUUUAAUGUAUUAUACAUCAGAUACUCAGAGUCCACAAUUAGUUGAAGCAUUAAAAGACAAAACUGUUAUAAAAAUUGCCGCAAACGUGAAUGGUAAACAUUUUAUGGCGUUAACUAGUGAUAAGGAAGUGUAUUCGUGGGGAAACGGUGAUUGUGGCCGUUUAGGUCAUGGUGAUUAUGAUGAUAAAGAUGAGCCAUGUCUUAUUACUGGCCUUACCAAUAAGGAUAUUGUUGACAUCGAAUGUGGAGGAUCUUACAGUGCCGCAAUUUCCGGAUCGGGCUCGCUGUACACGUGGGGACGAGGUAGUGGUGGUCAAUUAGGUCAUGGAAAUUCUGAUCAUUGUAUGAUACCAACAGUUGUUACAGCAUUAGUCGAUGAGCGUAUUGUACAGUGUGCUUUAGGCGCUGAUGAUCCUCAUACGUUAGCAUUGACUGAUAAGGGAAAAGUUUACUGUUGGGGUUUAAGUGAAUAUAGCACAUUAGGGCGUGGGAACACAGAAACAAGUAAAACACCACGAUUAAUUGAAAGUUUAGGUAACGAAUUCAUAGUAAAAGUUUAUUCUGGUGGAUAUUUUAGUAUUGCAUUAACUGAUACCGGAAAAGUGUACACCUGGGGUAAAGGUAACAAAUACCGUUUGGGUUUGGGUACAGAAGAGCAUGUACGCGUUCCAAAAGUGAUUGAUGCUUUAAAAGAAAAAGAAGUGAUAUCGGUAAGUGUUGGAUCUGCUCAUGUGAUCGUGUUAACUAAAGAUGGUGAAUUGUAUGGUUGGGGUGAAAAUGAAAACAAUCAGCUAUUAAAAGGAAAUCUGGAAUCAAUACAAACACCUACCCAAUUAGAUAUAUUAAAUUUGAAUAAGGAAACUGGAGAAAAUAUCAGUCAAAAAAUUUCGAUAACUGGUUUUGCAUGUGGUGCCAAACAGAGUUUUAUAUGGAGUGAAAAUGUCAAACAAUGUAUUCCAUCUCGAUUUCCAUUUGUUAUUGAUUUAACUGAAAAUACGUUUAGGUUAAUAGAUCAAUUAUUAAGUGCUGUGAGUCCAUCGAUACCAUCAAUAUGUCCACCGCCCCAGGAUAAAGAAUGUAUCACCGUUUCAGUUUUGAAUUUAUUACGCUUACAACUACAUUCAAUGAUCAUCAAUAAUAUUGAUCCAAAAACAAUUGGUUUGGGCACUGGAUCACGAUUAUUAUCAAAUUUGAAAUCACAAAUUGUCAAUUUAGCAAGCGGUAAUGGCAUUUUAAAAACAAUUCAAUCAGCUGCUCAAGCUACAUUAGAUGUGGGAUGGAGUGUUCUAUUGCCAACACCUCAUGAACGAGCUAAAGCCUUAAGUUCACUUUUACCAAGUAUUGGUUUGGAAGUGACAAAUGGUGUUAGCCAAGGACAACGUUUUAUGAUGGAUUUGUUGGUUAGUAGUUUAAUGGCUGAUGGUGGAUUAGAAUCGGCUUUAGCUUCGGCAAUUCAAUCAGAAAUUACUGAUCCACAUGAUCAGAGUAGUAAUUCUCGAACUUCAGAUUCAUCGAUACCAUUAUUGCAUUUAAUUAAACAGUUGUUAAGAAAUGGAAGUUAUGGUACCCAAUUACGAUUACAAAAUUCAUCAUUAUCCAAAAAUAAUUUACCCAAACAAGAAAUAUCACCAAGUUUAAAUUUAUUGUUACGGUUUCAACGUUUGUUAAUAUCAAAAAUGUAUACGAAAAAUCAAGAUAAUGUUAUAGGCGCUGAAUCAUUGUUGAAAAAAUAUUUACAGCAAAUCUGUAAUCAUAUUGUUGAUACUUUAACAAUAGCCAAUGAUAAUAUUGCAACAAAUAUUAAAAAUUAUUCACUUGUAAUGCAAUAUUUGAAAGGUGACAUUCUCCCUGAAUUAAUUAUAUGUUUAAUUUUAUUGCAAAAUGAAUUACCAAUGUUUUUAUCCAAUGUAAAUUGGGUAACAUUAUUUUGUCCAUUACUUGAAGCAUUGGAUAAAUUAAAUGGUCGUAUGCCUGGUAUUGCAUCAUACGAUUCAGAUAAUUUAGGUUGGCCUGGUAUAUUAAAACCACCAAUACGUGUUGUUUGUCCAUCAAAAAUUAAUGAUGAUUUACCAUUAAUACGUCGUGCUGAUCUUGAAAAUCAUAACUUAGAUGGUGGUUUAUGGAUUGUUAUUAAUGAUAAAGUUUAUGAUGUUCAAGAUUUUAGAUGUGAAAAUGCUUGUCCUAUGGAAAUUUUACAACGAUAUGCUGGAAAAGAUGCGACACAAGCCUUCAAUUGUGUUCCUCAUAGCGUUUACGCAAUGGAAUUACUACAUACAUUUUUGGUUGGAAAUUAUUGUCAACCAGAUUCAGACUCGCAUACGAUAACCAAUGAUACCUUGAAUUAUUGUACAACUUUAUUGGAUACUGAACGUAGCCUCGCACACCUUCUAGGUCUUCAUGCAUUCCGUCUACGUCAAAGUUUAAGUCUACAACAACCAGAAAUCGAAUGUCAAAAAUGGUUAAAUGCUGAAUUUUUACAAGGUGGUUUACAGGUUGUUCAACCUCCAAACCCAUAUGAAGAAGAGAAAGGUGAAGGGCGUAGUACAAAUUCAACUGCUGAAAAUACACCAACCGAACCAAAUUUAAAUUUUCCCGUCAAACUUACCAAAGUACAACAAUUACCAAAUGAUCGUGUUACCAAUUUUAUUCUUGCUUUAGCUGAAAGUCGUCUUGCUGAUCCAUCCGUAGCAAUAUUUGUGGCUAUGAUGGAACAUUUUUGCAAAUCUAACAAUUUUUUAGCACAUGUAGAAUUUUCCUUUGAUCAUCCUGUCGAAGAAAUUGGCCGUGUUCUUCUUGCCGUGUUAAUCAAACAUCAAGGGCUUGGCACUCACGUUUUAUCUGUGGUUGAUAAAUAUAAUGCAGAUCCGAAUAUAAAGUUUACAAAAAUCAUCGCUGACUUAGUAAAAAUUGUUCACACAACCAAAUGGAAUUUAAUACGAACACGUCAAUUACAAAAUCGUAGCUAUAAAGAAGUAUGUUUUCCCGUUUUAGAAAAAUGCCGUUUCCUCUUAUAUGAAAUACGCCCCGCUGUAUCAGUAUGUACCCGGGCAUAUUUACGCCAUAACGUUUUAUACAAAGAAUCUCGGUUUAAACAAUAUGUGCGUAAAGUGAUCCGUGACAUACGUAAUGGUAAACAAUUAUUCGAUUGUCCAAAACCCGAGGAUAUUUUAAAUGCGACCAUCCAAUCACAAAGUAUAGAACGCUUAAAAUCGAAUGAAGAUUUGUUAACUCUUGCUACGGCAAAACAACUCGAAACACCUCGUCCAAAUAGUGCAGAUAGUAAAAAUGAAACAGAUGACGUCAAUAAUGAAAUUAAAAAUGGAACAUCAACUACAACGGUUUUAAUUGAUCAACAACCUGGAGGAGAUGGUGAUAAAUUAGAUGAAAAUGAAGUACCUCAGAAAAUUAUAUCAGAAAAUUCAAAAGAUGGCAGUACGACGAUAAGUUUUAAACAAAUGGUGUACGAAAAUGAAAUUUUACUUGCGGAUGUGAUGAACAAAGUUCGUGAUCAAGAAUGGAAACGAUUGCAGAUGGAUUGUCCUAACGUUAUUAAUCAACUAAUUGAAUUUGUGACGCAUGAUUCUGUAAACGAUGUUGAUGCGCUACGUCGUGCUAUGUACUGUCAAGUACAACGCUUUAAAAUACGUAAACAAGGUUUGGAUAUGAUCCAUAAUCUAUUACAAAAGGAUUAUGUAAUAUUCUCAGCAAAAUAUGCCAUUAUGAAUGGUUAUUUGGGAUUGACAAACAUGAAGUUAAUUGAUGAUCCGAUUGCACAUUGUUUGGAUAAUAUACAAAUGAUUACACCCCAGCAGAAAAUAGAAUUGUUAUUAGCACAAGCACAAAUUACCGAGUGGUGUGUACAUUUUUUGAAAAUGAAUUUUUUUAAAGAGUUUAGAGGAACACAUACUUUUCUUCAAGAAAUACCACGUUCACGAUUUUUAUUAACCACAUUGGGUUUACUUGCAUCGAAUAAAUAUACAACAAGCGAGCUUUGUGCAGCAGUACGUAAUGGUCUUUUAAGUUCAAUAUUAACAAUUAUCAAACACACCGGUUGUAUACAAAAUGAUCGUCAAAUUGUUGAACCGGAUGACGAAUGUUGUAUACUAUAUGAGAAUGUUAUUGAGUUGCCAAAACCAAGACCACGUUUAAGUGGACCAGAGCUAGCAAGUUUAAUGAAAAUUGGCACACGAGUUGUACGUGGUGUUGAUUGGAAAUGGGGUGAUCAAGAUGGUCCACCACCUAGUGAAGGUAAAAUAAUUGGAGAACUUGGAGAUGAUGGUUGGGUACGCGUUGAAUGGAUGAAUGGUAGUACAAAUAGUUAUCGUAUGGGCAAAGAGGGGAAAUAUGAUUUAGCGUUAGCUACACCACCGUCCCCUACGUCGUCUGAUUCUGAUGCUGAUGACACUACUGAUAAAGGUGAUAUCCAAUCUGUAGUGGUACAUCCUAACACAUUACUCAAACAUUCCUGUAUAAAUUUAUUACGCAACAUUUGUAUAUGCGUCGGACAAAUUUCAUCACCAAUAUUAAAUAAGUCCAUGGCAAUUAAUACAAUUACAAAUUUAUUACGUGAUAUAAUUAAACACGGCAAUAAUUGUUCCACGACAGUAGCCGCCAUUAAUAGUGGUGACACUAAACAACAGCCACAACCAAAACCUAUUUUAGACUAUAUAACAGCCAAAUACCAUCAAGAAUGGUGUACUAUACCAUUAAUACGAAGUAUUUCAAUAUCAGAACAUAUUUGUAAGAUUUUAAGUACAGAACCAUGGAUUGAAUUGUUAUUGGAUAUUAUUUCACAAAAUCCAACUGCUGAAACGGAUAUAUCCAUAUAUAAACAGAUUCAAGGCUUACGUCUUUUACGGACCGUUUUACCAUCAUGGGAUAUGGAUUCACCACAAAUAGUUUCUUUAUUAGAUCGUCUAUUUUUAUUAUUAGGAAAAAUAUCCGUUACAUGUAAUUAUGAUCGACGUGAUGGAAGUGGAGACCAACGUAAAGUCGUAAUGUUAACUCAAUCGUAUAGUAGUACUUUAGGUCAAGAAAUUAUUUCGUUAAUACGUCAUUUACAUGGAUAUGUUGGCUGGAAUCAAGCAAUUAAUUCAUUUCUUUUACAAAAAUUACAUUUCGCUGCAGAUUUAUUCAAUAAUGGUGCCAUAAAUAUGGUUUUAAAUGAGUUAACUGAUGAUACGCAGCCAUUGUAUUUAAUUAUCGCAUCGUUAAACGUAAUCGGCGGAAUUGAUAAUAACCGAGCUCGUAUUGGUGCUAUAGUUGACGUGGAACACGGUACAACAUUUGGUACAAUUGCGAAGAUCACAUCUAAAGGAAAAAUUAUUAUACAAGUUCAUGAAACGGGCGAAGAGAAAAAAUUAACUUUGCCUUAUGUGAAACCAAUACCGAAUGCACGAUUUAAUUUAGAUCGAAUGCCAAUGUCCGAAAAUUUAAUAAAUAUUUGGAGUAUAUUAUUGCUAGGUAACCAAAAGUAUUCGAAUGGUUAUGACCGUAAACCAACAAAUAUUCCAGGUCAUAUAAAUUUAUCGUAUUUACGACAACAACAGCAUGUGCUAUGCACUUUAAAUGCUACCAGAGAAUUGGCUAAUAGUCAAUCAAAAUUACGCAGAGUUUUAAAACAUCAAGAACAUAAUAAUGUAGAAGGAACUUCUGAGUUAAUGAGCCAAGAUGACGAUUCAAAUGGUGGUAGUCCGCAACCAGUGUUGCUGUUCCAAAAACUUUUAGCGAAAGCAACACAACCAAGUCCAUUGAAACCAAUAUUUAUGUUACAAGAAAUUAUCGAAGCUGCACUCAAUGUUAGCCAAUUUUUAGCUGUUGAGUGUAAUAAAACUUUUACUUCAUCAACCACAUCGAAUCAAAAUAAAAAUCAACCUCAAUCCAAUAUCGAUAAAUCUUUACAAAAUCUAGCGAAACAAGAAGCUGAUUUAUGUGGAAGUGAAGUAGCAACGCCAGUUAGUGAAAAUUCUAUGGCAUCGGCGGCUAUAGUAAUAAGCGAACGCAGUGAAGGUGUCAUAUCAGCAAGCAAACUCAAAAAACAAAAAAAUGAACUACAACAACCCUCAUCUAGUGGUUUAGCUGCAGCAGUUACCGCCAAUAAUCUUGGUGCAUUACCAAAUAGCCCAUUAGUUACGCAAAUUAUGGAAAUGGGUUUUGCUAAAAAGAGUGUCGAAUGUGCAAUCCGUGCAUUGGGUGUAGGAAUUGUUUCGGAUAAUAUUAGUCCAGAAUCAGUGGUCGCAUGGUUGUUGGAACAUCCUGAACAUGCAUUAUCUGACUCAGACACGAUUAGUUCAUUUGAUGCAAUAUCAGACAGUGAUUCAAUUUCAGAAACCGAUGAAAUAAUGUAUUCCGGCUCUGUAACCGAUGGAGCACCACCUAAUAUUGGAGGUAGUACAAUGGGUAUAUAUUUACAACGUAGCGAUUUCCUAACAAAUGAUGAAUAUGCGUCGUAUGUACGUGAUAAUAUCGCAGCUGGUAUGCUUGUACGAUGUUGUCGGUCGUAUGAAGGUGUUUCCCAAGGUGACAUUGGUAAAGUGAUCAAAGUUGAUCGUGAAGGUUUACAUGAUUUGAAUGUACAAGUGGAUUGGCAACAUAAAGGUAGCACUUACUGGGUUCGAUUUAUUCAUGUUGAAUUACUUGGUUUCCCACCAACAUUACCUGGUCCUCCAGCUAUCAAAGUUGGUGAUAAAGUCAAAGUGAAAGCUAGUGUUACAAUGCCUAAAUACAAAUGGGGAUAUGUUAAUCAUGAUAGUGUCGGAAUUGUAACAGGUAUUUGUGGCAAUGGACGAGAUGUAACUGUUGAUUUUCCAAAACAAACAAAAUGGACUGGAUUAUUAUCGGAAAUGGAAUUAGUACCUAGCAGUCAUGAUGGUUUUUCAUGUUCAAGUUGUAAUGCUACACCAAUUACUGGACCAAGAUUUACUUGUAAAAUUUGUAAAAGCUAUAAUUUAUGUGAAAAUUGUUUCUACACCAAAAAAGUACAUAAGCAUUCGUUUUAUCGAAUUGUCGAACCAGGUGCCCCAUCUGUCUUCGCUGGUAAACCAGGUCGAUAUCAUAAACAAGAUUUAGGUGGUCCCGAUGAAUCACAAUUAAUUGAAGAUUGGAGUUCAUGUGUAAAACGUCUAACUGCAUCAUCACGCGAAGCAUGGGCACAUUGUUUAGUGGAUGGUUCUUCUGGAUGUUGGUUAACAUGCGGCUCUCAAGGCAAACAUUGGUUACGUUUAGAAAUGCAACCUAACAUAUUAAUACAUUCAUUAUUUAUGGCUGUCGACCCUGUCGAUAGCAGUUAUAUGCCUUCCUUAAUUGUGGUUAGUGGUGGGCCAUCGUUUACAUCAUUAACUGAAUUAAAUGAAAUACAUGUGCGCAGUACUGAUAUGAUUGUAACUCUUUUGAAAGAUGUUCAAGAAUAUUAUCCGUGCAUUGAGAUUGCAAUCAAACAAUGUCGUAAUGCAGGCAUUGACUGUAAAGUACAUGGUUUGAGCAUCGUUGGUAAACGACAAAAGCCAAAUACGAAUUUAAAAACUUCAGCAUCAUUUUUGGCAUCCGAUUGGGAUCAGGCAUAUGAUCAAGUUACCACAUUGCCUUAUACAAUUCGUGAUACUGUCGACGGAAAAACAUCAACAAAUUCAUCAUCCGAUUUCAGCAGUGGAUGUCGCGUUUAUGUAUGGGGUUUGAAUGAUAAAGAUCAACUUGGUGGAAUGAAAGGAUCCAAAGUAAAAUUACCUGUGUUAUCGGAUAUUCUAAGUCAAUUACAGCCAAUUCAUAUUGCCGGUGGCUCAAAAUCAUUGUUUAUUGUUUCACGUGAAGGGAAGUUGUAUGCUUGCGGAGAGGGAACAAAUGGACGGCUUGGUCUGGGUCAUAACAAUAACGUAUCAUUACCACGUCCUGUAUUAUUCUUAAAUCAAUAUGUCAUCAAAAAAGUUGCUGUACAUUCCGGUGGAAAACAUGCAAUGGCUUUAACAAUGGACGGGAAGGUAUUUUCGUGGGGAGAAGGUGAAGAUGGAAAACUUGGUCAUGGUAAUCGAUUAAGUUUAGAUAAGCCACGUUUAAUUGAAACAUUACGAUCGCGUCGUAUACGUGAUAUUGCUUGUGGUAGUUCACAUUCGGCUGCCAUCAGUAGUUCUGGUGAAUUAUUCACAUGGGGUCUGGGUGAAUAUGGUCGUUUGGGCCAUGGCGAUAACGUCACUCAAUUAAAACCAAAAUUAGUGAAAGCAUUGUUAGGACAUCGAAUAGUACAAGUAGCGUGUGGAUCUCGAGAUGCACAAACAUUAGCAUUAUCCGACGAAGGGCUAGUAUUUUCAUGGGGUGAUGGUGAUUUUGGUAAAUUAGGGCGUGGUGGUUCUGAAGGUUGCAAUAUUCCACAUAAUAUAGAACGUUUAAAUAGCUAUAAUGUAAUUCAAAUCGAAUGUGGUGCACAAUUUUCUUUGGCAUUAACUAAAUCCGGUGAAAUUUGGACUUGGGGAAAGGGUGAUUAUUUCCGUUUGGGUCAUGGUAGUGAUCAACAUGUACGACGACCUACAGCUAUUGAAUCACUUAAAGGAAUGAAAUUUACAAGUGUUGCCGUUGGAGCUCUCCAUUGUUUAGCAGUAACCGACACUGGUCAGGUGUAUGCUUGGGGUGAUAAUGACCACGGGCAACAAGGAAAUGGCACAACAAUGGUAAAUCGAAAGCCAUCCUUAGUACAUGGCCUAGAAGAUAUAAAAGUGAAUCGCGUCGCAUGUGGUAGUUCACAUUCAAUUGCAUGGUGUUCUCCCGAUUCCCAAACUACACUAAAAUUGGAACCAGUUGUUUUUGAAAUUAGUAAAGAUGCUUUAGGUGCUCAUUUAUUAGGAUUAUAUAAUGCAGAAAAAGAGGCUGAAGAAAAUGCAGCUAGUAAACAAAAAAUACGUCCGUCAUUAACAAAUAUUGUAAUGUCGUUGGAAUCAUCAGCAGCGAAACAACAUGCAUUGACGCAUUUAUUAAAUGCUGCGCAUAUUUUACAAUUACGUACCUGCAUCGUUAAAGCCCUCUGUAAUCAUUCGGAAAGUGUUAUGAAUAAUAAUAAUACUAAUAAUAAUAAUAUUAAUAAUAACAAUAAUACUUCGGCAUCAUUAACGGCUAAGGAGAUAACCCCUGACACACCAUUAGAAGGCAUUAUAAGCAUGACAAAUUCAUUGAAUACGACUGUUGAUAAACCACAGAUUGGAUACCAAGAGAAUGAAAUCGCUCAAGGUGGUGGUGAAGCACCAAUUUCUCUUAACGAAAUGGUUGGAAUUAACAGCCCACAUUUAAGUCCUGAAAGUGAAGAAUGUCCAUUAGCUGUAUUCCCAUCAAUGACAGCAAGUAGUUGUUCAGCUAGUAUUUCUUCCCGACAAUCUAAAAUGUCCACAAGUGCAAUGUCUGUUAUUGCAGCCACGUUAACAUCUCAUGCGGAAGUUGUUGGAGAUGUUCCCACCGGUGGUUUAGAUGAAUUCACAUCAUUGCUCACUGAGAAUGAUGCCAGAUUAUUGGUUGAUCUAUUAAAGUUGGCGAUUGUUAAUCGUAUUGAAACUGAUAAUGCAAAAGAAAUUUUAGCUUCAAUUUUAACAGUUCUAGGAAAUUCAAAUCAAGAAGUUGGAAGUAUGUUACUAGAAUUAUGUGUAACCGAGUUAGAAGAUGCUGCAAGUAACACACAUUCCUAUAACACAGCGCCACAACCAGUGGUACAGGAAACUAGUCAUCCAUAUAUCGAUAAUGUUACAUUAACUGGCCAUGUAAAAAUACCUGGCGCUGAAUGUUUACGUAUAGAAUUUGAUCGUUAUUGCUCAACAGAAAAACGUCACGAUCCACUUUUAAUAACAGAUGGCAGUGGUCGAUUAUUAUUUAGUAAAUCGGGACGGGAUUGGUCUGAUUGGUCAACACCCUUACGGAUUCCAGGUGAUGAGUUACGUUGGAGAUUUUCAAGUGAUGGUUCGGUGAAUGGUUGGGGUUGGCGGUUUACUGUAUACGCUGAAAUGUCCACAUUAGAUCCAAUUUUACGUGGAUCAGAUCGUGCAGUGCUAAGUCGGCCAAGUAUUGAGUUAGUGAUGUGUUUGUUAGAUAAACGUUUACCUCAAGCUGAAGAGAAAGGUUUAAUUUCACGAUUGGCGGCAGCUUUAGCUUCAUGCUCCCAAUUAAGUGUUUUAACUCCUGCUCAACGUAUGUGGUCUUUAAAAAUGUUACAUAAAUUAUUGGUACCCCAAAAACAUACCAGUACUCCGGGAAUACCCUUGAUGAGUUUCCUAAAAAGUAAAGCACCGGCGGACAGUGCUUUAUCAAAACUAUUAGAUGAAUUACCUGCAGCAAUUUUACGCCAAUAUGAAUAUGAAGAACCAUGUGUUCGUGGUGGAAGUCAUUUAAUGCAUUCUGAUUUCUUUAAGGAAUUAGUUUCACUUGCAUGUGAUUUGGAGUUAGAUCAAAUGGUAAGUCUAGCUGAUAGUCAUAAAUGGGCAUGGUUUCGGCGAUAUUGUACUGCGGCGCGUGUGGCAAAUUCAUUAAUACGACGUACAACAUUACCAAAACAAUUUUGUUUGGAAGUACGGAAAAAAAUUACUGAAUUUUCUGCUAAAGAUGAAGACUGUGAAAUUUGGGAACAUGAAAAUCAUGCUAUAUUCAAGAAAGAACACGAUGAACAACUGUUAACGUGGCUAAACAGACGACCAGAAGAUUGGACAUUAUCGUGGGGCGGUUCCGGUACAAUUUAUGGAUGGGGUCAUAAUCAUCGUGGACAAUUAGGUGGUGUUGAUGACGCUAAAGUAAAAUUACCAACCCCUUGUGAAGCAUUAACUAGUUUACGUCCAAUACAAAUUGUUGGUGGUGAACAAACUUUGUUUGCUGUCACGUCGGAUGGAAAAGUUUAUGCUACAGGAUAUGGCGCUGGUGGGCGAUUAGGGAUAGGUGGAACUGAUUCCGUUUUAGUUCCAACUGUUUUAGAAUCAAUUCAACAUAUAUUUAUUAAAAAAGUUGCUGUAAAUUCAGGGGGUAAACAUUGUUUAGCAUUAUCGUCUGACGGAGUGGUGUAUUCAUGGGGUGAAGGUGAUGAUGGAAAACUAGGUCAUGGUGAUCGAAGAUGUUGUGUUAAACCAAAACUUAUUGAAAAAUUACAAUGUCAAGAAAUUAUUGAUAUUGCUUGUGGAGGAGCACAUUCAGCUGCAAUUACGGCAGCUGGACAAUUAUUUACAUGGGGUAAAGGUCGUUAUGGACGCCUUGGUCAUGGAGAUAGUGAAGAUCAAUUAGAACCAAAGCUAGUUGAGGCGUUACUUGGUGUUCGUGUGAUUGAUGUUGCAUGCGGAUCGGGUGAUGCUCAAACUUUAUGUAUUACCGACGAUGAUAAUGUUUGGUCAUGGGGUGAUGGUGAUUAUGGUAAACUAGGCCGUGGCGGAUCUGAUGGUUGUAAAUCACCAAUGAAAAUUGAAAGUUUAGCUGGCCUGGGUGUGGUUAAAGUGGAAUGUGGAUCACAAUUUUCGGUGGCAUUAACGCGAUCGGGUAGUGUAUAUACAUGGGGAAAAGGUGAUUACCAUCGUUUAGGGCAUGGUACAGACGAACACGUUCGGCGACCACGUAAAGUUGCUGCAUUACAAGGAAGGCGUAUAAUAGCGAUUGCAACAGGCUCAUUACAUUGUGUUGCAUGCAGUGAUCAAGGUGAAGUAUUCACUUGGGGCGAUAAUGAUGAAGGGCAACUUGGAGAUGGUACGACAAAUGCUAUACAACGUCCGCGCCCAGUUAUUGCAUUGCAGGACAAGAAAAUUACACGAGUCGCGUGUGGAUCAGCGCACACACUUGCGUGGACUACACGACAACCAUCAACAUCGUCAGCAUUACCAUCAAUAGCACCAGUGGAAUACGAUCUAGUUCGUGAUAUUCAAUUGUCAGUAUUACAUAAUCGAUUGGUAUUAUUACAUCAUUUUUCGGAAUUAUUAUGCCCUUGUAUCUCACUAUUCCCUGUUACUGGCGAAGGUUCGUUAGAUAGAUUACGUGGUAUUCUUGUGUAUUCCAUCAAAGAGGCUACGUUCCAAAAAGUAAUUCAAGCUACAAUGGUCCAAGAUAAACAGCAUGGUCCAGUGCUUGAAUUAAAUCGUAUACAAGUAAAGAGAUCGCGAUCGCGAGGUGGAUUGGCCGGUGUUGAUGGAAUGAAAUCAGUAUUCGGACAAAUGGUUAGUAAAUUACCGUUGUUGACACAAGAAGCAUUGUCGUUACCACAUCGAGUAUGGAAGGUGAAAUUUGUUGGUGAAAGUGUUGAUGAUUGUGGCGGAGGCUACAGUGAAAGUAUUGCAGAAAUGUGUGACGAAUUACAAAAUGGUAGUGUACCACUUCUAAUGCCCACACCUAAUGGACGUGACGAAGCUGGCACUAAUCGCGAUUGUUUCUUAUUAAAUCCAAAAGCAACGUCGGUGUUACAUUUGAAUAUGUUCAGAUUUUUGGGAGUUUUAAUGGGUAUUGCAAUUCGAACUGGAUCACCUUUGAGUUUAUCUUUAGCCGAACCUGUAUGGAGGCAAUUAGCUGGUAUUCAAUUAACACCAGCUGAUUUAACUGAAGUUGAUCGUAAUUAUGUUCCCGGAUUACUUUGUAUUCGUGAUAUGCCACCUGAUCAUAAAUUAUUUACUUCAUUGGAAAUGCCAUUUUCUACACCAUCUGCAUCAGGCCAAGAAAUAUCAUUAAGUAAUAAAUAUACAAGAAUAACACCAGAAAAUCGUCAUGAAUAUGUGCGGCUUGCGCUGAACUUCAGAUUACAUGAAUUUGAUGAACAAGUAAAAGCUGUACGAGAUGGAAUGUCGAAAGUGGUUCCUGUUCCAUUAUUAUCGUUGUUUAGUGCUUAUGAAUUAGAGAUAAUGGUAUGCGGAUCUCCAGAUAUUCCGUUAAAUUUAUUAAAAUCCGUUGCCACUUAUAAAGGAGUAGAUGCCAACGCACCAUUAAUUCAAUGGUUUUGGGAAGUUAUGGAAGAGUUAUCGCAACAAGAACGUUCAUUAUUUUUACGUUUUGUUUGGGGCCGUACACGGUUGCCACGAACAAUCGCCGAUUUUCGUGGACGUGAUUUUGUUAUUCAAGUAUUGGAUAAAUAUUCACCACCAGAUCACUUUUUACCAGAAAGUUAUACAUGCUUCUUUUUGCUUAAAAUGCCAAGAUACUCGUGUAAGCUUGUUUUACGUGAAAAAUUAAAAUAUGCGAUACACUUUUGUAAAUCAAUUGACACAGAUGAAUACGCCCGUUUACCGAUGCAAGGUACAUUCAAUGGUGCUACUUCCAGUGAUUCAGAUGCUGAUAGCGAUCAUGAAAUGGAUAGUAUUGCAAGUCAAGAGGAUCAAACAUCCAUAUAAAACAAAAUCAAUUAUUAAUCAAUUCAGUUAUAAAUUAUUAUACGCUUAAAUAUUGCGCGCUCCUGCUAUAUUAAAAAAACUACAUAUUUUAAUCAGAAAACAAAACAUUUUUGAUUCAAUUUUUUAAGCUCACACACAAAUUAAUACCGCCCUUAUCGAAAGCUUUACAAACACGAAUAAAAAAAAUACACAAUUUAGAAACGACGCUUUUAUAUAUUUAUUUGUUUUUUAAAUUGAUUAUAUUCAACUGUGAUUUUUUUCAGACUGCU